CAAUAAAUGUUAGUAUCAUUACGUACUGUACUAGCGUCCCAAUAUUCCAUAUCGUAAUUAUUCUAGCAUACACAAGCUGUAGCAUAUUCUUUGUUUUUUACGUUGAUCAUGAAUAAACAAUAACAUAGUUGAUCGGACGCUUUAUCAGCAUCAGAACGAGUACCUAAUAAUAGAUACUAGCCCAUAUAGACUCGGUAAAUCUGAUAGGAGAAAGAAAAAAAAUCAACUAAUGGAAGAAAGACACGAGGGUUAUCAAAUUAAUGAUGUAUGCGUACAAAACUUUUGGCCAAAGAAGAAAGGGGCAAACAUGGCCCGGCUAGAAAAGGCAUCGAGUUAUGCAGCAAAACACGGAAACGAGCCGCAGUCGAAACUCACGAUUGGAAGUAAGCUCGAUCCGCUAUUAAUACGCUCAAAAAAAGGUAAAGUUGACGAUGACACGGACAGCGACUACCUCAGCGAUCACAGUCCAAUCUCGCCGCUGCAGACCGUGGCGGAGACGGAGAGAUUUAGAGACCCGGACGUCACUGUUCGGCCAGACAAUUCAAGCCACGGCAUUCGUUCGGAUGAUUACGGCUGUUCUCGGAAAAGAAAAAGUCGCCCGGGCGAGGCCGUCUCCUCGAGCAACAGCUGGAAAAUCGACUAUCGGCAAUCGGCUCGACUCGCGAUCGCGCACGGCUCCAACGAACGAGACUAUUCCAGGUUCUACUGGAGAAACUCGACGGUAGCCAGCAGAAAUACCGAUUCCGAUCACGAAGAUGUGUCCUACCGAUUUCCACGGAGACAUAGCCGAUCGACCAAAUAUCCUUCGCGAAUUUCGUUCUACGAGUACAUGCAAAAGUUGCGCGAAAAAAUGGAGCAUGAGAAUGAGAAUAGUAUAACGGACGCUCGAGUGUGCCAAGUUGAAGCGCCGAAAGCCAGUAGCAAAGAGAUAGAUCGAGAAAAAGAUCCGGAAUUUUUUAUACGACAGAAGCUGACCAGAAGAGCGAAGACGCGAGUCGCGGGCCCGGCCAGAGCCCAAGUCGAUCAGAGCGAGGAGGAAGAUCAGUUUAUCUGCUCCGACGGUGUAUCGCGAAUAGGACCGAACGAUCUGACCAGCACUGUAUCUUCGGCUGCGGAGCACGAGUUGACUUGGCGCGAUUGGCUGCUCCGAAGCGACGAACCAGCGCUGUCCAACAAGUGUCGAUUGAAACACAACAGGUACUUCGAUCUUCGAACAAUGAGACCGAAAAUUUCCCAAAAUAAGCAUCGAAUGAGCGAUAUUCGCAAUCCUACGGAGGUAGAUUACGAGCCGGUAGUCUUUGGCGGCGGCGACGACGACGACGACGAAGAUGACGACGCACAAAUAAACGACGCUAUUUUUGACUGCUUGGACAGCAGCGAUAAUUCGAAAGAAAAGGAAAAGUCACCGGCGGUCGAAGGCGAAUCAACAUCCGUGACUAAUUCCGGCCCAGGUGUAAAAAGCCCGAGUCGAGUUAGCCCGGUCGACGAAAACGAAAAUCGUCUGGAGGAAAAGUUGGGAGAGCGGCAGACUGCGAAGCCGUCACGAUCGCGGCCGGAGACGAAUACGACAACGAAGCCUGCGGUCAAGUGCUCGCCUAUGAAACCGCCGCGAGCCAACUUGAGGGCCAGUCGUCAUCCCCGCUUGACGGCCAGAGCAAUAGCGAAGCGCACACCGCCAACGAAGCCGGAGCGACAGAGCUUGUCGAAGCUGCCGAGAGAAGAUACGAGUUGGGCCUCGCCAAAACACGCUCUCCCUUCCGAGGCUCAAGGCGCGAGUCAAGCCACGACGGUGCAGCACAUUCGAGUCGAUAAAUGGCAGGAGGACUGGUCGCCGCCGAGGAAAUUUUUCAUAAGGCCGUCCUUGAGCGAGGAACUGCUCGACAAAAUAGAACAAGAAAAAGCCGAGAGGGAGGAAAAGAGGAAAAAAAUGGAAAAUCUACGCCGCGACUUCUCUUUGUCGCGAUUAUCCAACGAGAUCGAUGACAUAAGCCACGAGAUCGCUGGUAUUAUGGGACCGCAAACAAUCGACCAAGACAAUGGCGAGAAGAAAAUUUCCGAGACGCCGAAACGAGUCUACCCCAAUUUGUCUUUGGAAAAACCCCGAGAAAUCGAGCGAUGCAGUCCGAAAAAUUUGUUUAGCACAGCAGCUACCUUAACGGCCAAGGAAGCCAUGGAGGCCAAAGCGAAACUAAAUUCGAGCUCGAAAGCCAAGGAGAAUCGGGCGAAAACGUCAGCGGACACAAGAGCCGUCGGCGACUCGGAGCCCGCAGCGGUGCCGUCCUCGCCGAACAACAACGAAAAAACGGCAUUUUCGAGACUUUGCAGUUUCAACAAGUCGGGCAGCAGAGCUAUGUCUUUCAUACGCAAUAUUCCUAGAUUGAUGAGCAAUCGUCGCAGACCGAACAUGGAAUCGACCCGGAAUAACUCGACCAAGAGGCCCGCCGAAUUCGCCGAAUCCGAAAGCGUCGUCGAUAUCUCGACCCUCACGAUUCAGACUCAGUCGCCGGUCGCGAGCCCGGAAAAAUCCCCGACACACGAGCGCUCGAUUUGGAGGUUUUCGCGUCUAACUCCAGCAGCGAAACGCAAGGGGCCAACGAAAACUCCGGCGACCGAUCAGCCCAAGUGUUCGAACAAAGCGCCCAGGAGGAUGUCUUUGUGCAGGAGUUGGACCAUGAAAUUCCGCAAGAGGUCGCGAAGGUCCGUUUCAGACGUCGAGCGGCCAGAGGAGAGAAUCGUCGAUCCGGACGACUUGAGUCCCGAGCGGAGCGCAGCCGUGACGGAGCUGCUGCAGUGCGCCGACAUCGAGCUGACGCGCAUGUACCAGGCCAGCAAAGCCCUCGAGCUCUGCUUCUCCAUGCCGGAGUUCGUCGGCAGUCGGGAGCGAGUCGAGUCGGAGCGUCAGCUGCUCGUCUCGGGACUGCGCCGCAAGGCCUUCCUCGACGAGGUCAGCGCGUUGGCCGACAAGCAGGAAGACGAGGCCGACUGCGAGAGGGCCCACCUCGUCAUCAGCAACCUGAGCCUGCCGCUGAGGGAGAGCAUCGAGCGAAUGGGCCAAGGCGCCGAUCAGGCCGACUGGUACGUCGUCGUGGCCAGUCACGGUCGACACCUCUGGGCCAGCCAAGCCAUCGAGUGCCCCAGGACCGGGCCCCGACUCCACUUUCCCGGCAGCGCCGAGUUUUUCCAGCUCUUGCCCGACUUCGCCGUGAGCAUCGGCGUGUACAGGUUGCAGCUGCGCAUGCCGUCGCUCGAUCACGCCAGCAAGUACCAUCUGCCGGCCAAGAGUCCAAAGAAUUCCGACAGGAGCAUCGUUUGUCCGUCGCCGUCCAACUUUCUGUCGCGAAACGAGAAGAGGCGGACCAUCGGGCCAUCGAGCACGAAGCACGCCGAUUUCGGAGCCCCUGGAUUGAAGCAGUCGUCGUUUUUAGCUUGCGGCAAGCUCCAAUUGCGCCUGGCGGAUUUGAGCAAAUCGCCGCCCUGGCCUCUGAGCGGGAUCUAUCCCGGAAGUCCCGGGAGCAGCGUCCUCCAGGGCAGCAUCGACAUGACGACCAAGUGCAAGCUCUACGUGCAGGUCGAGCAGUCGGGCUUCGUGAACCACGGCGAGGAGCUCGGGGGUUACACCAACUGGAACAGACGCUGGGCCGUUCUGGAUAAGCGAUACCUGCGCUUCUGGAACUAUCCCGACGAGCAGUACAACAACGGCCAUCCUCUGAAGGAGAUCGACUUGGCGGAUUGCACGAGCGAGAGCAUCGGCCCUAUCGAUCGAUCCUUGUGCGCCAAGGCCAGGACCAUCCUCCUGGAGAUUGCUCACGCUAGGCAUAACGUCACCAGAGACGGCAUCUUCCUUCGCUCACCGAAUGACUACGCGAUCGUCAGGAAUCUGCUGUCCUUCGACACUCCCUGUGAAUUGACCGAGUGGCAGUCCAAGCUCAAUCAUGUGGUCUCUACGCUGCGCGCCUGGAACGUAAAAUAAAUACCUUGACUCGGCGCCGCCGAUUGAUCCUCGACUUCGAGCUCAUCUGGCGUCGGUCGCCUUUAUCUCAAGACUGGAUGCUUCAUAUACCUGCAAGUACAUAAAGUGUCGCGAGCUUUUUCCAAAGCGUAAAACCAAUUACGAUACAUAUUCAACUAGGUACGUUUGAAUAUUUUUAACGCCAAUUUUUAUCAACUUAUCGAGUGCAAUGAUUCAUCGACAAAGACUCAUUUAUAAAAUUAUUUUUAUAAAUAUAUCUAUUCAUAUAUUUCUUUACUAUUAUGCCACUGUUGUUUGUCAUUUAUGUGUGUAGAACAUAUAAGAAAGUACAUUCUUUUUAAAGAAUAAUGAUGUACAAAUGUAUAUAUAGUACAGACAUAUGCAGUAUGCCUGUUGUAGAUUUAUUAUUGAAAAAUGUUCUUACUUAAUAAUUAAAUAAAUAAACAAUUUAUUUUGAUUCAUUCAAA